AGCGAAAACAAAAGUCCAUUUUAUUUCUCCCCCACUAGUCUUCGUUCUAAACACAUCACCCAUACUCUCCAUCAUCAUCGCCAAAAAUCCCCAAAGAACCUCAGAUUAGGGUUUCUCCUUCACUGAUUGAUCUGCCCCUACUGCUCAUAUAUAUCUCGAAUUCUUAAGUAAUCAUGGAGAAUCAGCAGAAGCAGCUCCAGCAAGGCGUGCCGGAGUUAGCUGCUCUGGCUCGUCCCGAAGAGAGUUCGGUCAGGGAUAUCGAUCUUAUGAGAGCUGAUCAAUGCGACGAGAUCGUUCCUGCUGCUCUCUCUGUACCUGCCCCGACGGUGGGCGUGACGGUGGGUGUGCCCAUUGAGCGAGAGGCCAAACUUGUUGAUGAAGCUGCCCCUGUUAAGCGAAAACGGGGCCGGCCACCGAGAGCACAUGCUAAGACGCCGCCGCAAACUCGUCCACCGCCGCCGCCGCCGCAGCGGAAGGAAGACAAGGAAGAAGAUGUCUGCUUUAUUUGCUUCGACGGCGGAGACCUCGUUCUCUGUGAUCGCCGGAAUUGCCCCAAGGCAUACCAUCCAGCUUGUAUUAAGAGAGAUGAGGCAUUCUUUCGAACAACGGCUAAAUGGAACUGUGGUUGGCACAUAUGUGGUACAUGCCAGAAAGCUUCGAGUUACAUGUGUUAUACAUGCACUUUUUCUGUUUGUAAGCGGUGCAUUAAAGAUGCCGACUAUGUGAUUGUGAGAGGUAACAUGGGUCUUUGUGGCACAUGUAUUAAGCCUAUCAUGUUGAUUGAGAAUAUUGCUCAAGGAGAGAAUGAAGCGGUUAAGGUGGAUUUUGAUGACAAGCUCAGUUGGGAGUAUCUAUUCAAGGUAUAUUGGCUUUGCCUGAAGGAAGAUCUCUCUCUAACUGUCGACGAGCUUACUAAAGCUAAUAAUCCUUGGAAGGGGGUUAUUAACACUGCUCCUAAAGUGGAGCCACGAAAUGAUCGUGCCACAGCUUAUUCUUCAGCUUUAGAUGUAGCAGUGAAUGGUACAAGAAGAAGAAGGACCAGUGAUUCCCCUACCUUACCCAGCGAAUUGGAUGCCAAAAAUCCAAGUAAUAUACCAAAGAAGCGUCCUAGAGAUACAAGCUGGGCAACAAAAGAACUCCUCGAGUUUUUGUCGUUCAUGAGGAAUGGCGAUACAUCGGUUAUUUCUCAGUUCGACGUGCAGGGUCUUCUGCUCGACUAUAUUAAGAAAAAGAAUCUUAGGGAUCCUCUUCAGAAGUCUCAAGUCGUUUGUGACCUAAUGCUUGUGAAGUUGUUUGGAAAACAGCGAGUAGGUCACUUUGAAAUGCUUAAGCUUCUUGAGUCUCACUUCCUUAUUCAAGAGAAACCGAAAGAUGAGAAAACCACGAACGGUGGAACUACUCAUGCUGUUCCUAGCCAAAUAGAAGAGGGUAGUGUUCAUGAUGCAACCGUAAGGGAUAGAAGACGGAAGAUGCGUAAGAAAACUGAUGUCAGAGUACAAAACGAAAAUCUCGAUGCAUAUGCAGCCAUUGAUGUUCACAAUAUCAACCUGAUUUAUUUGAGACGUAAAUUUAUAGAGACUCUACUUGCUGACGUCAAUAAAGUUCACGAAAAGGUGGUAGGCACAAUUUUGAGAAUAAAGGUAACUGGCAGCGACCAGAAGAUGGAUAUUCACAGGCUUGUUCAAGUUGUAGGUACAAGCAAGGCAACAUCAUCCUACCAGGUUGGCACAAAGACUACAGAUGUUAUGCUAGAAAUACUGAAUUUAGACAAGAGAGAAGUCAUCUCGAUUGAUCAAUUAUCAGACCAGAAUGUCACAGAGGACGAGUGCAAACGGCUGCGCCAGAGCAUAAAAUGUGGCCUCAAUAAACGUUUGACUGUGGGAGACAUCUUGAAGACGGCAGAAACACUGCAAGCCAUGAGAAUCAAUGAGGCUCUGAAAGCUGAGAUAUUAAAGUUAAAGCAUCUCCGUGAUCGGGCCAGUGAGAAGGGUCAUAGAAAAGAGCUUAGAGAAUGUGUAGAAAAGAUAGGGCUUCUAGAAUCACAUGAGGAACGCCAGCGGCUUCUGCAGGAAGUCCCAGAAGUUCAUACAGAUCCAAGUAUGGAUCCGAGUCAUGCAUCAGCAGAAGAUGCAGGAUUGGGUACGAGAAAACAAGAUAAUCACAUAAAGGCACAAAGUAAAGGUCCGCAGCAAAAAGGGGAUAUCCUGAACAACUUGGGAAAUAAUGCGCAGAACAAAUAUGAGGCUCCAAAUUUGCGAAGCAGAAAUGUCGUGCAUGCUGAUAAAGAUGAUUGUUCCAAGGUCCACAACAACUCAUCAAAUAUCCAGGAAACUGGUAAAGAUGACGAGGAGACUGAAAUAUGGCAUUAUCGAGAUCCAACAGGAAAGACUCAGGGAACGUUUUCUAUGUUGCAGCUCCGCAGAUGGAAGUCUAGUGGCCAUUUUCCCCCGCAUCUUAGGAUAUGGAAAACGCAUGAGAAUGAAGAUGAGUCUGUACUUCUGACUGAAGCUCUUGCCGGACGGUUUGAUAAAGCAACUGCUAUUCCAAGUUCCUCUUUGCUUCCCCAAGAACUAAAACCGUCUCCGCAAAACUCUGGACAUACUGGCGUGGAGGUGGCCUGUCUUCAGAAGAACCCUACUCCUGUCAACACCAGUACAACCUCCUCUUCGUCUUCUUCUGUUGGUGUACUUGCUAACGAUCCAAAAGAGAAACAAUUUGAGGCUCUUGAAUCUAGCUCUGGAAAAAUUGAGGAUAAUAAUUCUGUUCAUCUCCAGCCUCAAGUCAGUUGUCCGGCGUCAAUAUCUGUGGUUACAGGACAUGGGGUUACUCCUGGCCUAAGAGAAACUCCAGGAACUGAUCAAUCUAGUGCUGUGCGUGGAGAUAGUAACCAUAGCACAAUUAAUGCUGUGGAGGAUGGAACAAAUGGUGUUUCUGUUUCUAUAAACGGUUCUGUUCAUGCACCCAACCUGAAUCAAGAAAUCCAUUUCCCUGAUUUCCCCAGUCCUACACCUAAGUCGAGCCCUGAAGACUUGGAAGCUCAAGCAGCGGAGACUAUUCAGUCUCUUUCUUCAUGUGUUUUGGUCAAAGGACCAUCUGGUGUCACAUGGAGCACCACCGCCACCACAACCACCGAUGCUGCUACGACCACUUCAAGUGUUGUGGUCACUGGAGGACAAUUUCCUCAAAUAACUCAGCAGAAUGCUGUUGCUUUAGCCACACCGUCUGUGAAGCCAAUUGAUUUGCCAGCUGAUCAUGCCACAACUACUCAGAAUGCUGUUGUUUUAGCUGCACCAUCUGUGAAGCCAAUUGAUUUGCCAGCUGAUCAUGCCACAACUACUCAGACUUCAGACAACACCCAAGUGGCUCACUCGUCUGGGUGGCCGGCCAUUGUGGCUGACCCCGACGAGUGUGAUGAAUCAGUUUCAGAUCUAUUAGCCGAAGUUGAAGCAAUGGAGCAGAACGGUUUGCCGUCUUCACCUACCUCAACAUUUCACUGCGAUGACGACGAUGAUUUGACAAAAGGGCCAGAAAAAGAUUUCUUUAACCCCGUGGCACGCAUGUCCCUCACACCUGAAACAUGUAGAAUGGAUAUCUCUCAGGCGAGUAUUCUCGACAGUGUCUCUGCCGGGAAAAGCUCAAUGGUAACAGAAGCAAAAGACAGCACUUCCUUCAACCACUGCGGAACCGCUGGUACAGAGCUCCUGCUCUUUGCACCGCCAGCGCCAGCUUCAAUAAGUCACGACCUGAAUCUAACGACAACGGCUCUCAGACUGGGAUCAGAAACCACAGUUGAAGCUGGAUCGGUCGAGAGGCUUCCCAGGUCUGUUUCGGGAGUUGGUUUGGAACCGAGCCCUAGAUCAUUAUCAUCUCAUGACUCAGGCCGUGGAAACACCGAGCGCAGUCCACGGGGAAGUCAGCAAAAGAGAUCCGGUGGGCACAGCAGAGACCGGCAAUGGUGGAACAACGGUCACAACAGUAGCUUCAACAACAGUCAUAAUAACCGGCAAUGGCCAUACAGCAGUAGCCAUGGGUAUGACCAUGGAUCAGGUUCGUACGCAGCUCAUCCGCCCAAAGGGCUGAAAAUCUGUAAAUUCUAUGAGAGUGGAUACUGCAAAAAGGGUGCUUCUUGCAGUUUUUGGCACCCCUGAUUCUCUCAUUUCUUGUAUUUUGUAUUUAUUUGUUUAUUCAACACAUCUCUGAUCUCUCGAACAUCCUUUUUUGUAACACCAAAGUUUAUGUACCCAUAAGCCGCAUGUUUUAAGUAAUUAUCAAAGCUUCUUA